CGAACCAUAUGUAUACACAAUAAUGGCUAUGGCCUAGUCAACCACACACUAACACUACACACACAUCAUGAUGUACACACAUACAGCUGGGGUCCAUGUCGGUGUCCAGUGGUGGCGUGGCGUGCACAUACGAAUCAAGUGAGGGCAAGAUCAAGCUCAUGCAUCUCUCUCUCAUCUCGCCCUCUCCCAUGUCACCUCUCUCACACUACACUCACACAGAUGAGACACUAUCUUCUAUCUGUUUGGUUAGAUAAUCUCUGCACAGCCGCUGCACAGCAGCCGAACACGAGAACAGACCAUCAUGAUGCAGCGUCAUGAACUACACAAAUGCACUGAUCAUCCCAUCCUCACACACACACGCGCAGUCAGCAUCGCCUCGAGUGAAUGGGGCUGCAUCUCUCCUCAGCCGACCCGACACACUAACAUGAACCCGACAACUGUACACCCCACAAAUCGUCUAAAUGGUGGGCCCCGACUUUCUGUAGUCGAUGUCGCUUCUGCAGAUGGGGCACUGCGUGUUGCCCCUCCCCGGCGCAUAGCUCGUGUGCCAGCAGGUGACACACAAACAUCGGUGGCGGCAGGUGGACGGCGCCUUGCCGAUGAGCACCACCGUCCGCUGCCCGUCGUGGCACACGGCACACGACUCGUCGUCCUCCCUGUCGUCGAUGCGCCGCUGCAGCUGCCGAUUCUCCUCCUGGUGCGCCCGAAGCAUGAGCCCGUCGAGCUGUGAAUGCGGGCCAUGACGCGGGCGAGGAAGGCCGUCGCCUCGGCCACCGUGUGGAUGGACGAGAGGCAAGCCAUCGAAGGCCUGCACAGAGAGACAAACAGAUAGACAGCCGAUGUGUGUGCCCUUGUUUCAUACCUGUUAUGGGUGUCCAUCCUGAUGGCAUCGACACGCGACUGGAGCUUCCCCACCUCAUGCGAGAGGCACCUCAGCCGACGAUCCAGCUCACCGCUGCCCAGCUGCUGCUCGACCCUGAAUGCCACACACAGACAGUCACACACAUAUGGCGGUGUGGGAAUCCCCGCUGUCUCUGUGCUCACUCUGAGAUGCGCUGUGUGAGUUUCGCCAGCUGCUCGCCGAGCCCCAAACCACCAAUGUCAUCAGCUACACCAGCACCCGACGAGCUGCCCUCCAGCGGCCCACAGAGGCCACCCGCAUCAGCCGAGGAAGACCCCGAUGCCGCUGCUGCCCCCUCAGUGGCGGUGUCCUGCUCCCUCUCCAUGUGGGGCUCUUCCACUGCUGCCGAUCCGCUGCUGAGCUGCCGGAUCUUGGCGAGUGCGGCGUCGUAGAUGGGCUGCAGGGCGGCCUUCUCGGCCUCGGCCUCAGCGGAAAACUGCCGGAUGCCCUCAACGCCGCCCGCACGAACCACCUCAUCCAACUCGUCAACAGACCUGAAACACAUAACACACACGACACGAGGCGCGUCAAGGUCUCCGCCCUCUGUGUCUGUGUGUGUGGGUGCGGUUCGUCACACUUGGGUGCGUUGACCAUUGCGGUUUCCUUCUCGCGUAUCAGUUUGGUCUUUCGCUGCUCCAGCGAGGCGAUGGCCGCCAACUUGCCGUCCAACUCACAACGCAGCCUGCACACACAUGCCAAGACACACACGUGCUGACUGCAGUGCGAGUGCCGCCCAUUCAUCGCUUUUUCGGCUCACUCCUGCAGUCUGUCGACAGCCUGCUGCUUCUGCUCUAAGGCCAUGGCGCGUGCGGGAUCGACGCUGUGGGCAUCAUCGGCAGCCGCGGCCUCUGCUCUCCUUUGCCGCUCCGUCGGGUCUUGGCUGUGAUGUCCACCGCCCUGCCCUGAGCCCCACUGAGACCAAGCAGCCCCCACACCCCUGACCCACGCAGAGUCAUCAGAAGGACCGCUGGACGACGACGACCGGCCCGCGAAGCUCUGGCCUCGUUGAGCGCCGACAAAGGCAUUACCAUGAGCGGCAGCCGGUGCUACGCCGGCUCUCUCCGGCGCCUGCUGCCGGUCGGCAUAAGGCGACGAGUGAUGCUCAGGCGAUGGGCUCACUAGAGGAGGGACGAGGGGGCGAGGGGGGCUCUUCCUCAUGGCGGUGCUUGGCGCCUGCUGUCGCGGCGCCGUCUCCCGAGAUGAGCUCGAUUGACCAGCAUCCUGUCGUGAAGUCGCUUGAGUGGUCCCGCCUUUUCUGCUCUUCUUCUUCCUGUGUCGCGCGGCGGCUGUCCAUUCGCCGCCGUCGUCUGGCGUCGGCUCCUCUUGAUGCUCCUCCUGCUGCAGAGGAUGAGCCGAUCCAUCGCCAGACGAGGUGGGUGUCAGGCAGCCACUGUGGCUGCCGCUUGAUGCCGCAGUGGAGGCCAUCCCACCGUCAUCGCCAGCAGAAGAGGAUGGCUGGUCAGCGGGCCGGCGGGCAGCAGAAGCAGCAUUGGGAUGCCUGGCAUGACCUCUGCGGCCCCUCCCCUGCCCCCUGUUCCUCACUGUUUCCUCCUCAGCUAUCAGCUGUGUCGCUGUGUCUUCGGCCUGGCGCUGCUGCCGACGCUGCCAGUGACGCUGCAGCCAGGGACCGACAACAAAGCGCCACAGUGCCGACAGGCCGAGCAGGACAGCGAGAGUACCUGCGACCCAGGGCGCCCAAGGAGAGGAAAGCUGCAAAGGCAAAGGCUAUUGGGAAAGACAGAAGGAGAAAGUUUUCUGUCUGUUGUUUCUUGUGUCGUACGAGAUCAAUGCUUCUUGGCAGCCGAUACAAGUCAGUGACCUGCCAGACACACAGGGACACGCCAGACACACCAUGCAGAUCCACGCAGCUGUGCAUACUACUAUAUCGUCAUCGGCGUAGGCCCAAGGAGAUCUGAUCGCCAAACAAUCGCUCGUUUUGGCUCGCUUUGGAUCACGGCCGCACGCGAAUUCUUCGGUCAGUUCUUGGAUGGCUCGCUUACAGCUGCUCUGAAGCCACAAAGGUGCAAAAAAUGACACCGGUUAGGCGGCAUCGUCUCAAGUGUGUCAGACCCUCAUCUGAGACGAGAUUCUCAUCCUCAAGGCCGCACUUGCUCUGAUUGAUUGACAGGAGAGCAUGGUCAGUUAACACGCAAGACAUCCGCUGGCUCUCUCGCACCUGACAAAUAAAUUGGACAAUACUGCCAGAGUAUUCUUGACGUCCAUGCGAUCCUUGCUGGACUCCAGCAGGUCGCAUGCUACGCCGACACAGCCUUGGUCGACUGCAUAGCUGACCUGCAACACACAUACGAGACACACAUGCAUGAACACAGAAUAGUGUGAUCUACUCGCCCCGCCCCGCUCACCGCCGAUUCAUUUCCCCACUUCCAUGGCAAUAAACACGACGUAAAAGAUAAACACGACAUAAAAGGAAUAUAUUCGGUAAGCGCCUUCUUGUGGCUUCCGGGUCCACAAGCCGUGAUCGAAUUCGGGAUGACCUCAGCUUGGAUCGUUUGCGCCAUGCACGUGGGAAUCGUCUGGGGGCGCGUGUCUGCCACACAUAUUCGUGCAUUGCAAGCAAGUGACAGACAGACAGACAGACAAACAGAUGGCUUCAAGAGGUGCCUACCUUUCUACAGCCAUUCGACUCACGUGCAGUCUGAUGUAGGGCGGUCAGCGCGACGAAUGUUGCAUUCACGGCAUAACUGCACAUAAGGUGGUCGUUCGAAAGAAGUAAGGGCGACAGCUUCGACACCGCUCCAUACUCGAAGAACACAUCUGCCAGACCAGGCGGCGUCACGUGUGCAACCCCCCCUUGAACAAGUCCGUAUGCGGUGGGAGUCCUGCUCAGGAUUAAUGCCGCCGCUCUCACGACACGCUCAUCGUUAUGAUCCAGCAGCUGCACGAAGGCCGUUGUAAGUAGGUGUAUCCCCUCCUCGGUGAACGCCUCGGUGGCCCGAGCGCCGACUCGUGCCACCUGCACCAGCAGUUCGACUGCUUCGCGCGUGACGUGGCUGUCCUGAGUCUGUCCCAACAGAUGGACGAUGGUCCGCAACGGAUCAACAUAUCGCAUAGCCUCCUCCGGGUGAACGCUCUCCGCUAUAUCCUCUGUGAUGGCCCACAAGACUCUCAACUGCUGGGCAGUGUCAUGGCUCUCCAGUGACAUGGUCACUCGCCUCGAACAAAUAUUGGGCCGCCUCGUCGGCGCCAUCGUCGUCAUCGUCAAUGAAUCCAUCUCCUCGUCGAAGUCAGCCGCAGGAAAUGAGCCGGUCGGGGUGGCGAUAAGGGCCAGCGCAAAGAGCAGGGCCGACAGCAUCGGGAGGUCCGAUCAGCAACGAGAUCAGCUGAGGGAAAUCACUGCAGCCACGUUGCUCAACAAGACCAUCGAAUGGAAGGAAAAUGGCAUCCGGCUCAUGAUUUGGAGGAGAGAUGAGAGCGAG